UCAGAAGCUGGAAGAAAACACACACAAUGACGAGCCAGAAAUUGGGAUUCCUCAGCAGUGUGCUGUGUAAAUGGCAUGCACAGGCCACUCUCAUUGGUAAAUAUCUGCUGCCGGUGUUGCUGCUCAUCAGAUUUGUGAUACUGGGUGCUGCAGUGCAGACAGUCUGGUUGAACGAUAAAGGGAAAUUUCAGUGCAACACUCAGCAGCCCGGCUGUGAGGUGACCUGUUUUGAUGCAGUCACACCUCUGUCUUUACCUCGUUUAUGGACGCUAGAGGAAACCCAGGUGCAGAGGGGGAAUGAUGAGGUCAAAGGUCACACUUUGUCGGUAUAUCGGGCCUGCGUGGCGUUUGUAAUUGUAGUAGAGGUUGGAUGUAGCGCGGCUCAGUGGCUCCUCUAUGGUUUCGAGUUAUCUACUGAUUUCAGCUGUGGGAGGUCUCCAUGUCCUAUGAGAGUAGACUGUUUCCUUCCCCAUGCAUGGGAGAAGACAGUAUUCCUUCGUAUUAUGUUCACAGUCUCCAGCGUGUCCAUCCUUCUGAAUGUAGUGGAGGCCGUUUGCAUGUUGAGAGCCAAGCUGAGGCGGACAGACGGUGGAGAAACCCUGCAGUCCGGUUCACAGGUUGAAGAGAGCGUCUUGAGUCGGCUGCUGGCCCUGUGGCACUCACAUGCUGGUUUCCUGGGUAAAACAGUCCUCCCAGUGUUGCAGCUGGUCCGAAUUGUUCUUGUCGGGGCCGCGGUGCAGCCAGUUUGGAGCAACGACUACUUUGUUUGUGACACUAAUCAGCCGGGCUGCAGUAGCGCUGCCUAUAAUGCUGUCUUCCCCUUCUCUGUGCAUCAGUACUGGACGCUACAGGUGGUUUUUGUUUUGGCUCCUGGUCUGAUUUACUUCUCCUACUUGGUGCACCUCCCUGGACACAAAACACAGUUCAUCCUGUUCAUGCAAGUGUUGUUUUUCUAUGCUUAG